AUGUCAAGCCUCGCCUUUGGAGAACAGUAUCAUAUAACGCUGCAGAAGCGGUUAGUUAGCGGUUUUGACGAACGUCUUUUGGGCAACGUACAUGGCGUGGAUGAUACCAGGGAUCCAACCCAGGAUCGUCAAACAGAUGUUGAUGAGGAAGUCAGCACCGCAUCCGCGCUCAAGAAAGACUCCAAGAGGAGGCAGGAUGAAGGCAAAGAUGAGCUUGCAAAUGUCACUAAAAGCGGCAUCCGUCAGCAAAGCUGGUCGGGACUCGACUUGGCCGGACCCAAGGAGCCGAGGAAACCGGCUGCGGUCGGAUACAAGGGAGACCAGGACUGA